CCAAACUACGCAAGUGGAAACAUAACAAGUGUCUCAGAAUUCUUCCUCCUGGGCCUCUCAGAUGAUCCAGAACUGCAGCCUGUACUCUUCACCCUGUUCCUGUCCAUGUACCUGGUCACCAUGUUGGGGAACCUGCUCAUCAUCCUGGCUGUCACCUCUGACCCCCACCUCCACACCCCCAUGUACUUCUUCCUCUCCAACCUGUCCUUGGCUGACAUCGGGUUCAUCUCCACUACUGUCCCCAAGAUGAUUGUGAACAUCCAAACUCACAGCAGAGUCAUCUCCUAUGAGGGCUGCCUGACUCAGAUAUCUGUUUUUAUCUUUUUUGGAUGUAUGGAUAGUAUGCUCCUGACUGUGAUGGCCUAUGACAGGUUUGUGGCCAUCUGUCACCCACUGCAUUACAAGGUCAUCAUGAACCCACACCUCUGUUGCUCUUUAGCUUUGGUAUCUUUUUUGGUUAGCCUUUGGGACUCCCAGCUGCACAAUUUGCUUGCGUUAAAACUUACCUGCUUCAAGGAUGUGGAAAUUUUUAGUUUCUUCUGUGACCCUCCUCAAUUCCUCAAUCUUGCCUGUUCUGACACUCUCACCAAUAACAUAGUCAUGUAUUUUGACAAUGCCAUUUUUGGUUUUCUCCCUUUCUCAGGAAUCUGUUUCUCUUACUAUAAAAUACUUUAUUCCAUUCUGAGAGUCCCCUCAUCAGGUGGGAUGUAUAAAGCCUUCACCACCUGUGGUUCUCACCUGUCAGUUGUUUGCUUAUUUUAUGGAACAGGCCUUGGUGUGUACCUCAGCUCUGUGGUGUCACAAUCUCCCAGGAAGCAUACACUUGCCUCGGUGGUGUACACUGUGGUCACCCCCAUGCUGAACUCCUGCAUCUAUAGUCUGAGGAACAGGGACAUCAAGAGGGCCAUGUGGAGGUUCCUUAGCAAAAUAUUCUAA